UUAAAGAGGAUGUUUUUGCAUUUUUUUGUGUCAAAAAGCAAAACUAUAUUGGCCAUGAUUGAUUUACAAAAUCUAUUAAAGGGUAAAGGGGGUGACUACUUUUAUAGGUGCUGUAUGUACUGUAGGGACGAACUUGGUCAGGAGUUAUACGCACCUAUGGCAAGAUUUUAAAGGACAAUUUGUGAGAUUUAUUUGAUUCACUUAAAUUAUACAGAGGCUACUUGCAUUUAAUAUGCAGUCCUCACGUCUGGUUAAAUGGUUUCCACAUUUCCGAUAGCACAUAAAGUUGCCCUGAAGUUGCACGUGCAGCGUUAAGGCGCUGUUUUAUCUAAUAAAUGACAUCUUGCUGCAAAACUCCAUACUCUCUCUCUUUUGUCGCUCCACCUACGUGCUCUCUCUCUCUCUCUCUCUCUCUCCCUCUCUCUUACUCCUCCAGGACAUAAAUGCAGCAGAGCUUGAUCUGACUUGUCCUCCCUCUAUGCUGGAAGUAUUUGGCUGCUGUUCGGGACUUAUUUGGGAGCUGUUGGCCCUCUAACUCAUGCUGUGAUAUGGCCGUGUAUGUUUCUCUGCAGUGUCUGGGGCUCAUUAUCCUCGCUGCUGUCCUCCUCCAGACCGUCGUGGUUUCCGUCAGUUUUAUUUACUUCAACAAAGUCCUGAACACGAUGCAGGAGAGUUUCUCUCGCAGCAGCGUGUCCUGUCUCAUUAAUGCAAAUCCACCCUUUGAAUCAGGGGAUUCAGCUGAGGACAAGAGGAGCGACCCCUGUUGGCAAGUCACACAACAGCUUCGCUUCCACAUAGAGAAGACGAUAGCCAACCAUUUUCAAAAGGAGAUAUCAACGGCUAUGAGAGAUAAGCUGACAGGAGUUAUGCCUAUCCUGAGCCCUGGAAUCCGUGGGGUCCCGCUUCCCAAAGUUGCCGCCCAUGUGACUGGUGUUCUUUCGUCCACAGGACCCCAAACAGCAGAGGGUUCAAGGAGCAGCAGGGGGUACUUGGGGGAGAGAAUCAGAGCGUGGGAGGGCCAGAGAGGUCUGUCCUUCCUGCAGAACAUGGAGCUGAGGGAGGGAGAGCUGUUGGUGCCCCGAGCUGGCCUCUACUACAUCUACGCUCAGACAUACUUCAGACUGCCCUCCAUGGGGGGGACCGACGGGGAGGCCAAGGGGGAGACGGUGGAGGAGGAAGGAGCACAGCUUGUCCAGUAUAUCUACAAGAAGAUGAGUUCCUACACUGUGCCCAUUCUACUGAUGAAGUCGUCCCGCUCUGCCUGUUGGCCUCGAGGUCCCGAACCUGGUCUCUUUUCCCUGCAUCAGGCUGGCUCUGCCUUUUUACAGCCUGCAGACCGCCUCUUCAUCAGCGUCAGCAACGCCAGCACCAUGGAAAUGGACGGCAGGGCAAGUUACUUCGGGGCCUUUUUGGUUGGAUAAAGGAAGAAAACCUUGCAUAGAAAUGUCUUUCACUGGGAUGACUUAAUACAGAGAUCAACAGAAGUUCGCCCAAAUGUCUGGGGGUUUGCUCUACAACAGGAGAAGUGGUCUGAGGGUACAGGACUGGUAGAAAAGAACCACCCAUGAGGAGCGCCAAGGACUUUUCCUUCCUGGGUGGCCGACUCAGUGACCCAAAAUGGCAGAGUAGAAGAGCCAUUUGAGAGUGUUUACUCCAGGAGGUGGUAAUCAAACCUCAGCGAGGUUAUUAACGGUGCUGUGAAGGCUGGUAAACAGAGCGGACUGUACUGAGCAAACAUGAAUUAAGUGGUGCAUACAGGGUACAGGGCAUUUGGAGCAGUACAAUAGAUGCAGAAGUGCUCUUUUAUUAUGAACAAAGGGAGCAGGUUAAAACAUUCAGUGUUUGUCCACAGGAAAUGUCGGAGCUGUUGGACAAGGCACUGAAAAGGUCUGAUAAACAUAAAGAGCUAGAUUGUACAUAUUCAACACUAUAAAUGAAGCUUAUUUUAAAUACACUACUUAUGGCUGAAUUUCCUCUUUGUGUAAAGGUUGGAAUCUGUGUAUGUUGUGGCAGAUGAGCCUUUAAAGAAAAGCACUGAUGUAGAGUGAAUGGCUCAAGUAUUCGAGUGUGUUAUGACACAUUUAAACUUGUAUAUCCAAUGGAUACCAACCCUUCUUUUAUAGAGCUGGGUCAAUUUUUUAAUAACUGAUAGCUUUAUUAGCAAAAUAUGCAAUUUCACACAUUUACACAGAUGAAUUGUUCUCCAAACUCCACCGUUUUUUGAGCAACACUAGCUACAUAAAUAAGUAAUUAUGACUUUUAAUAGGAUUAACAGCCCCUUAACUAAAUGUUAGGCCAGGACACAUAGCCAUAUAGCAAAUAUUAGCAUGCUAACACACCAGUAUAUUAUACAUGCUACAUAAGCAUCCCCAUAAUGAGCAUGCUAUUGCUAGCUUUAUCACUAAAUACCUCUUAUUUCCAAACACAGGCAGUGUCAGACUAAACCUAGCACCAAAAGUAAGUAUAUUUGUGUUUGGUAGAUUAUUUCUUCGUUGUAAUGAUGCUUCUUGGCAAUAAAUCUUAUGCCAUGGGAAAGACUAUUUAUUCCCUUUUAAAUGAUGCCACAUUUGUAAGGAGCAUGCAUUUGUGGGAUGAGCAGCAGAGCUGAGUAUGUGGGUUGCGCCCAUGUGCUAAAUCAUCUUUGCCAGUCCCAAACAGCUUGUUCUACCAUCCACUCUUGUUACACACUGCUGUGGGAUGGCAUCCUCUUCUUCAACCAGCAUUUGUCACAAGUCAGCCAAUGUGAUUGUGUUGGUCACUCUGGCACCAACAGCACGCCCGAAUCUCAUCUUGAUAUUUAUCUGCGUUGACGAGCCUCGUUUUUCCAGUGAGGGGGAUGCUGCCUCCACCAAAAGAUGUUACUGUAGCGAUGCAGCAAUUAGCAUAGCUUUCUCAACAUCUUCUCCAUACUUGACCCUAUGAGGGUAGGAAGAAACAGCCUUAUCAUCCUGUAAACCUUGACCACAAAUCCGUAGAAGACAGCCUACGGUUGCUAAGUUCAGACAGAGUGAGGAAUUGGUCUUCUUGCGGUGAAAAAUAAACAGGGAUAUAAAAAGGCUUUCCGACUGUAAAAGAUUUAUGGCCAAGAAGCAUUGUUACAACAAAGAAAUAAACUACGAAACACAAAUGUCCUUACUCUUUGUGCUAUGUCUAUAUACUGUUUGAGUAUUUACAAGGCAGAAUGGUGGUAUUUUGUUUAAGACCGUUGCAGUCUAUUGGUGCUUCUCCGUUUUAUGGUGCAGGCUUGACUUGUCUUGACUCAAACUUGAUUUUUUUAAAUUUUCCAUUAGGGAUUGUACCUGGUACUUCAUUGUAUAACCUCAGGCAAGUUUUUCAUAUAAGCUGAGUUGAUACCAAAACAACUACACAGCAGAGUAUAAUCACCAGGAAUGUCACAAAUGGCAUGUCCAACACGGGAAUCGAACCACCCGCUGUUCAACUUCCCAAACUCUUGUGAACUUCUCAACAGUAUUUUGUUUCACUGUUUGCAGCCAAUCUCUGAAAUACAGAUGUCUCAUUGCCAUGACAAAAUGCCACAGACCAAGAACCAUAGACACUGUCCCCCAACAAGGGUUCCUACAUACCUUUAAAAAUUCAAUUUAAGACUUUUUAAGACCUGAACUGAGAAAAAAAUAUUAACACUUUAAUGGCAGCAAUCAAAAAUGAAAGGCCUGUGAGAUUCUCAGUACAGCAGACCAGGACUGAAUUUUCUGAUUUAUGUGCUCUUUAUGAAAUGUUAAUUGUUAUAGAACAGUGGUUCCCAACCUUUUUUCUUUUGGGCCCCCAUACUCCUAUCUAAGAAAAGCUAAGGCCCCCCAGAGCCCCCCACAGGGAAAUUUAAACAUCUGUUUUAAUUGUUUUUAUUGACAUAAAUCCCAACAUGAUAGGCCAACAUACACUGUUUCUGCCUAAAAGAUCAGUGCAUGAAAUAGACAUUAUUACGACCGCAUAUUAGGGCAACUCUAAAUAAUAAAACAGAUUUUAAAAAAUCUAUUCGUUUUCAAGAAAGAAAAAAGUCAAGGACCUUGUAUGAGAAAAUACCUGAAAUGUUUUACUUGACAAAUUUUCAAAUUUAUGUGAAAAAAUUUGAAUUUUUUUAGAUUAAAUUAGAAAUAAACCCAUUGUAUGGAAGAAAAUCAAACCAGAUGGAUCUGAUUUCCUUACACAGUUCCUGCAGUUAAGACCCUAAUACAGUUUUACUUCUCAAAUGUUACAGAUUAAUAAGGAAAAACGUAGGAUUUUAGCCCAGAAACAACACAUAAUCGUUAUCAUCUGGCUUUAGCGUCAGGGUAAUCAAACCACCAAUUUUAGUUUGGUUUCAUGUAAAUUUUAGACUUAACAGUGUCAUAAAUUUAUGACUAAAACCUUUGUAUUUCUAAGAUUAAAAUGCAAAAUAUGACUUUUUAAACCCUGAAAUUUAUUUUUUUUUUCUGAAAAACGUAGCUUUCUAAACUUAAAAAUUCAGAGUUUCAUGUUUCUUGUAAAUAUGACUUUCUAAUCUCAAAAAUUAUGUUUUUGCUAAAAACCAAACGGAUACUUUGAGACCAGUGUUAAUCAUUAAUAUUAUAAUAAAGACUACACCCUAUUAUAAUAAAGACCAGCCUUAAUUCAUUAUUGAUAAAUAUAGCAGUGAAGUAGUUUUGCUCUUGGAGUCAAUGAAACUGUUCUAGUAAUGAUUAUAGAAGUAAGAAUGAUGUUUGGAGCAAUGAUCACAGUAACACUAGCAUUUGCAAAAGUAACUGCAGUGAAGAAUAUAAAAUAUAUAAAUGUGAUAACAGCAAUGCAAUUUAAACUGUUUAUGAAUUAUAGUAGUUAUAAUAAUAGUAAUACUAUUUUUUAAAAUAUAUGCACAUCUAAGUUCCACUUUAGAAAAUGCAGGGCUCCUUGUCCCUCUUCAGAUCUCGGACCCCAGGUUGGGAACCACUGGUAUAGAGUGAAGACAUUUUUGAGUAAUAAACACCAAAAUUUGAUGGUUUCUGGCACACUUAUCACUCUAUUUUGUUCAUAAAGUUUAUGUAUCCUAAAAAUUUCAGGUGUGCUAGCCUGAUAAUUAACAUCUGAAACUUUAAAAAGGAGAAGUACACUUCCUGUCAGGGAAGGCCCAUCAAAAUAAAAGGGCCUGUGCAUAUUUUAGUGGUAAACUUGGUAGGCCUGAGAGCUGUAAUGUGGACUAACUUACAUGUGGAAAGAAUGAUUAAAAGCAAAUAAGGUUGGCCAUGCAGUCGAGCUUAAGCCAGUGCCAGUGUGGAAAUAAAGCUUAUGGUACAACCUUGCACAGCUGCUUGCAUGACAACUGUUCUUUGUACUGUCUUAGUGUCAAAUUUAAUAAUCACAAUUCUCUGAUCCUGUCUGGUUGUUGAGUUGUUUAUAAUUUUGUAAUGGUUUGUUAUUUCUUUGAUACUCUCAUUUAAACAGCUUUAC